AUGGCAUCAGCCGCGCCAGAGGUGUCUGCGUCGGCGGCACCAAAGCCUCGGCGGACGUUCCACAUUCAGCUGGACGCCAACAGUCCGGCGGAGAUCAACUUCAAGCAGCUUCGUUUUAACAUCAUCGAGCACCUGGAGAAACGCUACGGCGGUGGAUCUGUGCUAAACGAUGGCGACGACGGCGAUGUGGGCAAUGGCGGCUUGGACCGACGUGACGACGACGAUCUCUACGACUCGGAGGACUCGUUUAUCGACGACGCGGAGCUGCAACAGAAUAUUGAGGACGUAAGAGGCCAGACGCGAGUUAAGACCAAACAUUCGGGCUUUUUCGUUAAUGCUGGAGACGAGAUUGAGACGCUGGAGAAGGAGGAGGACGAACUGGUGGACGCGAAGAACAAGAAAGGCAAGAAGAGAGCGGUGGAUGGCGCAUUACGGUCUUUUCUGACGGAAGUACCAGAUGCAGCUAGUGACUGGCAACCAGAAGAAGAAGUUGUGAGGAAGUUGGAGGUAUUGAGGACGGCGGUGCAGGAAUUGGCGGAGACUGCGCCGAUCCCUAAGGUGUUCCCGAGAUCGCUGGAUGAACCGCUGCGUGCAGUGGAUAAGCUGGUGGUGGAGGCACAUCCGAACAAGUGGCGGGUGACGGGAUACUUCGCCACGUUGAUGACGUUCUUGCCGUACACGAAGCAGUAUCUAAAGUCGAAUAUGCUGCGACUGGAAGCACGAGAUGUAGCGAGGCAUGAAAGGGAGAAACUAGAUGCCGCGCUGGAAGCUUUGACGCAGCUUAUUGCUACUUACGGGACGCGUGCUGCAGCUGAGUCUAUCGAUGUGGUGAAGACAGAUAUCGCAAAGGACAAGGAACUGGGAGCAAAACUGCAUGCUCUGCUGGAGCUUCAAGACGAGUGGGUGUCCAAGGAAAAUGACUACCGACUGAAGACAAGAAACACAUAA